UACAACUUUACAAGCACCUCAAAGCAUACUAACCAAAACACCACGCUCCUUCAACAAUUCCCUCACAUCUGUAAUGCCCCUCUACUUUCUGAGGGCAUAAGCCAUAGUUUCACCUCCAUAAAAAAUAUCUAGUUCAAUAUAUAUAACAUAGAACGGUUGGGUUGUGGAACAAAAGCAAGUAUUCAUUAAUCACCUCUAGGAUAAUUUGCUAGUAAGGCCAAGUUGAAACUCUCAAAAUUUUGAGAUAAUAGAUCUUUCAAUUAUAUCCACAUUAAUCACCUCUAGGAUUAUGAGGAUUCAAGGAUUAUUAAAGAAAGUUUUUACUGAUGACAAUGAGGAUUCAAGGAUUGGUAGAGUACUAGCUGGUGGUAGGAUGGAGGUGUGUGUCCAAAUGGAGAUGGUAAUCGUCCAAGGCAGCAAAAUUGUAAUCUUUCCGUGGAUUCUUAAACUAUCUCUGAGGACUUUUCUUCAUUUCCAGGCUUACCACACUCAGAGGGUUUUCUCUAUUUGCUGCUACUAUCAUCCCUGUUCUGUGCUUGGAAAACUUACUUCCCCUUUUCGGUUCCACCUAAACUUGAUACUGUCUACAUGACAUGGAGGUACAACACCUUUUUUGUUUUACCCAUUUAGGUUGCAGCAAAACUCUCAGAUGGUGCCACUGUUCAGCUUUAUCAAAGCUCCCCAGAUAGGUUUUAUGCAUUCAUACUAUAUGGUAUGUUUAGGGUUGACCUUGUUUGUUUUGUUUAUGUUUCAGUAUAUAGAACUGGCCUGCACU